ACUUUCCUUCCUUCUUUCCCACUUUAAACUAAGUUCUUGUGAUUCAUACAUUACAAAUGCUCAGUGAAACUUUUGGUGUUGAAGAAAGCAAUUAAAUCAGAGAGAGACAGCACUAUUCCAUUAUAUAUUUCAUUAUAUUGCAGCCAUUAUUCAUAGCCAUGUUAAAAAAUGAUAUUUAGAUGGUAAAAUCACUUGGUAUAUUAAGUUAAAGAAGCAGAAUACAGAAGAGUCUAAGAUGAUGUGUUUGGGUGGAAGAUUGUGUCAUGCCCAACACAGGGAACAUAGCAGACUAUCAGAUUUCAAGUGGGGAGAAGAGGAAGAGAUUUAUUUGGGGUUGCUGAUCUUGAGAUACUAAGGAUCUCUAGACAGAUCAGUACACAACAGGAUACAGGUCUGGAACCUUGGAGGGUGGUGUCAGUUGAGAACACAAACUUGGGUGUUGUAAUAUAUAAUUGUGAAUUGUUUUGAUAAGGAAACCUAUGGAGAGCAUACAGAGAAGCAUACUGAACAAAGGUCAGAACUCUAGGUGACACGAACAAAGGGUGAGAAGACCCCGGGAUGCUGAGAGCGAGGAGGAAAUCAAGAGGGUAUAAGUUAGUGAAACCAGGGGAAGAAAAUUUCAAAAGGAAAUAUAUAUGGCCAGAGAUCAGAAAUUUCGGGUAAGACUAAAGACAGUGCUUUGGAUUGCUAAUUAAUAUCUUUUCUGAUCUUAAUGAAAUUUUUUGAGGGGUUGGAAUGGUUCCAAGUAGAAGGCAGAUUGCAGGAGGUCAAGGAGGGAGGAGGGUUGGAAGCUGAAAUAGUUAAUGCAGGCUACUCUCUCAGGAAACAGGUGUAAACAAAAAGGAUGAUGACCCAUAACUAGAUGGGGAUAUAAGCAAUUUUGUAUCUCUGACACUCUGCUUCCUCACCUGUAAGAGAAAAAUAAUGCCUAUCUAGCAGUGGUGUCAUGAGGAUUGAAAUCUAUUACUAAUUGAAUGUACCUGUGUCCUUUCACUGAAUCAGAAUCUAUUGCUGCUAAUCACCGUGUUUUCAUAAUGUUUUAAUCACCAAAGUCAAGUGAAUAAUAAAGCAUAGAGUUGAUUGGCUCUGCAUUUCCCCAGCUCAGGUCCUUUGAUUGUAUACCUGAGUUUGACCUUAGAAAAUAUUAACAUACAAUUUCUUUAGCACUUAGAACAAGGGUAGUUUAGAUUUGGUCUGGGAAUAAAUGGAGUUAAAGCAAAACAUUUCUUCCCUCACCCCACCUUCCAAACUGAAAAAAUAGCCUCAAAUAAUGAUUCUAUGAGCAAAUGUCCCUUACCUGCUUUCUGGCUCAAUGUGACCCACUGAGAAUUACUAUUCUAGGUUAGUUCGAUAUCCAAACAUUACAAAUCCAAAUCUUGAAAUCUCUAGUUACUUUCUAUGUUUUGAAGUGAUGAUUUCAGAAGACCAGAAGAGUUUGUGCUUAAAUGAAGUCAUACAGCCAUGGAUGUGACAUAACAAUUGUUGCCAACUCAUAGGGAAAUAUGCAAGUCCAGGAAGCAGGUAACUAUCUUGUUACUCGGCUCAAAUCCACACAAGGCUCAAAGUUCCCAAAUUUCCCAAGAAGGCAGUGAUAGAGGCCACAAGCCUGGGCUCAUCUCUCAAGACACUGAGAACUCAGCAGGUGAGAACAUGGGACCUCAUCAAUAUCCAGACAGUUCAAUAGAAAAGCUCUACAUUUCAGCCACUAACUUAAAUAGGAUUCUAAGAGCUACCAGAAAACAAAACAAAACCUAGAUGAAUCAAGAAAACAGAAAAUACACUGUCCUCUUAGUGAUUUUUUUUAUAAAUACGCCCUUAACGUAGCUUAGUGGAAUUUCUUGUGUGUGUGUGUGUGUGUGUGUGUGUGUGUGUGUGUGUGUGUGUGUGUGUGUGUACGCCCCCACACUAUGUUUUAAGCUAUUUGGAGUUUAUCCAGAUAUUUCAGAUACUAAUCCUGGCAGAAUAUCCCUGCACGGAUAAUUUGCAGAGAAUUUGUUACUUGCAAUUUUAAGUAAAAAUUUACAAGGAAUGCUUUUCCAGCCUAGUAGGAGUUAGCUAUUUGCAUGUCACAAGACUUGGAGGAAACAUACUGACCCUCCUAUUUGCUCCUACAAAGUUGAAAUUGGGAGGGACCUCGGAUAGCACCAGCACUUCAUUCUGUUCUUUGUUCUUUAUGUGUUGGAGGAAAAAAAUACUGUAUCUUCGCCUUACUUCAUACUGUUCAAAUUACAGGAAGAAGCUUUAAGAAAAAGUAAUGCUGGGAUAGCGAAAACUGAAAGCAACCUGUUCGCCACUGAAAUGACUGUUCUCUGAGCUCCAAUUUGGGUACCUUAUUUUCAUCAAGGAUUAACGUAAACACCCUGAGAUCCAUGUGUCCUGUUUCCAAUGCUGUAAACCUGUAACUGCUGAGUGAGGACUAUCAAACCAAAAUGACAACUGCUCAGUUCGAUUGUCAAUGCUGCACAGCAUCACUUCUUGGGAAGAAAUAUGUACUAAAAGAUGACAAUCCAUACUGUGUUUCAUGUUAUGAUCGUAUCUUUUCCAACUAUUGUGAAGAGUGCAAAGAACCCAUUGAGUCAGAUUCCAAGGAUCUCUGCUAUAAAGACCGGCACUGGCAUGAAGGAUGCUUCAAGUGUGCCAAAUGCAAUCACUCUUUGGUGGAAAAGCCUUUUGCUGCCAAGGAUGAGCGCCUGCUGUGCACGGAGUGCUAUUCUAAUGAGUGCUCCUCCAAGUGCUUCCGCUGCAAGAAGACCAUCAUGCCUGGUUCUCGCAAAAUGGAAUUUAAGGGAAACUACUGGCAUGAAACCUGCUUUGUGUGUGAGCAUUGCCGACAACCGAUAGGAACUAAGCCUCUGAUUUCCAAAGAGAGUGGCAAUUAUUGUGUGCCGUGUUUUGAAAAAGAGUUUGCUCACUAUUGCAACUUUUGCAAGAAGGUGAUAACUUCAGGUGGGAUAACGUUUCGUGACCAGCCAUGGCAUAAAGAGUGUUUUCUGUGUAGUGGCUGUCAGAAAGAGCUCUAUGAACAAGAGUUUAUGUCCAGAGAUGAUUAUCCAUUCUGCUUGGACUGCUACAACCAUCUUUAUGCCAAAAAGUGUGCAGCCUGCAUCAAGCCCAUUACUGGUCUCAGAGGUGCAAAGUUUAUCUGCUUUCAAGACCGCCAGUGGCACAGCGAAUGCUUUAACUGUGGGAAGUGCUCCGUGUCCUUGGUGGGUGAAGGCUUCCUGACCCAGAACAAGGACAUCUUCUGCCGCAAAUGUGGCUCAGGGAUGGACACUGACAUCUAGGAGAUGGCUCUCCCCACCUGGGCUCCAUGUGGCCUUCGUUCUCACUAAACCAAGAACGCAGUUGAAGUAGUUAUUUUUUACUUAAGUUUUAGUAACAAUUAAUGUAGAGUUUAUAGCCUAAGAGUUUUUGCACACUUUCAGAUUGAAUUGUAUUAGAAGAGCUAACAAAAGCACAGUUCUAACAGAUAUGAAUAUAUUCUAAAACAUAAGGACACUUAUCCUUUUAAGAUCUUGCACUCUGCUGUUAGAAACAAAGGACAAUAUUUCUUCAUUGGAAUCAAGCAUAUGACCUAUACCUAGGAGCUAUGGAUGUUAUUACAAAAAAUAAUUUUUUUUCCAAAACUGCAAAGUAAAAGACAAACUAAGAUACCAAAUUAAGAGGCUUACAUAAGACUAAUGUUUGCCCUCCUGGCUAGCUAGUUAUAUAUACAUAUGGUAGGGAACAAAAAUGAUCAGGGAAAAUUGAUUAACAUUCAUCACACUUAGGACUCCUGUCAUUUUCAUGAUUCUUUUAUUUUUCACGCCUAUUGGCUUUGAAGUGGAAAAAGAAGCUGUAAUUUGCCCACAUCCACAAUGCUUCUGCAGCUGGUUGAUUCUCGUGUUUAAACAAUGGAAUCUGAGCAUUGUGGUCACUGUGGUUUACUCUCUGCACAGGUAUAAAAGGGAUCAUUUCUACCCAGGGAUAGUCAAAGCAUGGGUUUCAGCAUAUUUUGUAUUAAAUGCCUUUUCUAAGCCCACAAUGAUUUUUCUAAUUGUUACAGAUUCCAGGAAGCAAAAGUCUAUUCUUUCAAGUGAAGCUAACCAGGAUAAUCAUUGUCCCCAAAGGCAAACCUUUAAAGUAAAUAGAUCAUUAAAUCAUCACUUCUGGAAAUGAGUUUUAGGGAAGGGAUUGAGUGUAGGAACAUGACUUUCACCCAGAUAUCUGAAGGUAUAAUAGAAUGCAUAAUUAGCUCUGAGCCUCAUGCAUUCUGCCUUCUAAAAUUUACAUUGAUGAUUAAUGGGCAGACAUAAAAGUGGGCUUUAAAGAAACCUAGUAAUAAUAAGAACCAAAAAAGAAUAAUUCACUGCUGAUAAUUCAGGACCCACAAAGCAGCACAAAUGAGCAGUGUGGGCUGGAGAUAACCCCUCCCACUGCUCGUCUGCACCUGUGCCAUCCACCUCACCCCAGAGACUCACUGUGUUUCACAACCUAGAGGUGGACGCCUAGCCCAAAGCAGCCAUCCUACAAAUAAGUCAGUGCUUCCUGGCCACAAGGAAAGUAGUAACAGCCUCAUAUGCUUGUCUUUAUACAUGUAUAAACCACCAGACACUAAAUGAUGAUGACUCCACCUAUCUGCCCCUGGGCAGUAUUAGCCACAUUAUGAGGGACAAACAGACCCUGAUGUCUGUGGCUAGUCAUUCCCCUUGGUUUUAGUGUAUCUUGUGUGAGGGUAGGAGGUGGUCAGGUGAAGAAACCCACAUUUUGCAAGUGUCUACUCCCAGAUUAUUCCAUAACAUUAAGGGUUCUGAUGGAAACCAAAUUUUAUGCUGUGGCUGAUUACAAUGAUUAAAACAGCAUCACAGGAGAUUCAAUUAAAAUUAUGUAAACACAGUUUUUCAAAUAGUUUAAAAUUCAGAGACAUUUGGAGAGGCUAACAAUUUAAAGAUGCUAAUGAAAGGUCAGGCUACAUAGAGAAUUUGAAAUAUAUAAUUGUAGUUUUUGGAUUAAUAGUGCCAAAGUAUUUGCUCACAUUCACACAGCGAAAUGUAGGAAAAACAAGCCAUAUGUUUUCUUGCAUUAUUUGAAAUUGCACAUGUGGAACUAGAAAAUAAUCAUGUAGCUACCUAUUUAGAAAAUCAAGUCAUUCUGAAGUCUGGAUAGAUUUACAACAUGAAACAUUUUCUCAGCUAGUCAAAUAUAGACAGAUAUGUAAAAGGUAAUUCUUAAUUAACCAACUGGUAAUGUUUGAGGCAUUUUGCUGCCUGUGGGAGUGACCAAGCACAUGCUCAGAUGAAACACAUGCUGGGUUCAAUCUUUACAAUUAAAAUUCACAGAAUCAUUUCCUAGAUAGAGAUCUUGAUAAGUGUAGUUUAGAAAAUAAAGUUUCAUGUAGAAAUAGUAUAACAUUUAGAAGGUGGCUUAGUCAUCCAGCAUUAAACAUGUGCUAUGCUCAAGUUAGAGUUCACCUGUUGAGGUUCCGGGGUGUUGGGAGGGCCGACCAGGACAUGGUAAUGUGGGUGGCCCAGAUGCAGAGACCCUGCUCUAGAGCUUAAGUGAUGUUCCACCAUGGGCAUAACACACAUAUAUACAAAACAACUCAAAAUGAGAUACACGUAAAGAUAAAAGUAAAAAUUAUAUACUAUAGUUGGUUUCAGCUUGGUCAAGAGAAAAUCUCUCUAAGCAACAUAUCCAAAGAUGGAAUGAAAGGGCAGCCUCAGGAAGCAGUGGGCUCCCCGUGAUUGAUGGGGUGACACCUGCACAGAAAGAGAAGCAGUUAGAAGCAAAUCCUGUGUGUUAAUAACAACCAGAUGGCUUGGAAGAAGCAGAGAGACUGUGACAGAGCAAGAAGAUAAGAGAUUGCUGAAAUAGAAAGGGUCCAUUGAAGGGAAAAUAUUAAUCCCUAGUACAAAAGGUUAAUACUUGAUUAACAAGCAAUAGAAAGCUACCAACUGUUCUUAAAUAGAGGAAGAAAGUUUUAAGCCAGUCGUUUGAAGAAAAUUGUGCUAAUUUUGUGUGGAACAGAAGGGAAGAGGGCAGGGUCCCAAAGGUUAGAUCUCAUACUGGAGUAAUAAGUUUGGUUAGUGGCUACAGAAGCUGAAAGAAGAAACUAUAUGCAUUUUAGGCCAGGAGUUAGAUUUGUUGAUACAAGUGAAUAUACAAGUCAACAAAUCAAAAUAUUUUAUGUUGGAUAGUAAAGAUGGCAAAGAAAAAAGCAGAAAAAAAUCUCUGCUUCAAUGAUAAUGGAAUGAUUCCCAAGGGUUCAGUUUUCUCUAACAAAGUCACAAAAAAUGUCAUAUCUGGGCAAUCUAGCUCCAUUAGUUAAGUGAAAUAUUAUAGUAAUAAUCUUAUAUAGUUACUAUAACUAUGAAAAAGAAACAUCUCAUUAGACAUUUAGUUAAGAGAUGGGCCAACUAUUGUGAAAAUGUUUAACACUGAUCACAAAUGGCAUUGAUUAAUAAUCACUACAAAAUUCAGGACUAUAGUGAAAAAUCAACCCAAAAACAUGUGCCUCAUGAUGGUAACACAAUUUUUGAAUUUAAUAAAUAAAGCACUUUUUACUCUCUUUGGUGUAUUGAUAAUAGUUCAUAUAUUUAAAUAAAAUUAUUAUUACAAAUACUAUGUUUUAACAUCUUUAGUUGAGCAUAUAAAUUAUUCUCAAAUACAUUUGUAGAUGGAUGUUCAUUAUUGCUAUAAUACCUAUUUUUGGCUUGUUUUACAAAUUGUAGUUUUCAUUAGUUUCUUAUACUGAAUAAAUUUGCAUUU